CCUUGAACCAUUUGAAGUUUUUCAAAAGAUUAAAGAUUAAUAAUCUAGAAAUGGGUUAUCCUCAAGCUCCUCCAAACUCUCCUCACUUGUAUCCUCAAACAAUUCAACUUAAACUAUACCAGGCCUUUAUAUUCUCAAUCCCAAUACUCUUCUCCAUAAUUCUCUUACUCUUGUUUUACUUGUUCUACCUCAAGAGGAGGGCUUCCCCUGGUUCCUCCCAACCAACACUUCCAAGGACCACCUUAGAUCAUGCUCUCUUUCCUUCUUUAAGUGAGAUGGGUUUGAAGGGAAACCUUAAAGACAAUCUUCCAAUAAUCUUGGUUGAUGAAGAUUUAACUUCAAGGGAUUCAACGUGUUGUGUUUGUUUGGGAGAAUUUGAGAUCAAGGAGGAGGUGCACCAAAUUCCAACAUGCAAACACGUGUUUCACAUUGAUUGUAUAGGUUAUUGGCUCCACUCGAACCGCACCUGUCCACUAUGUAGAUGUAUCAUCAUCACCACCAUUAUCACCACAACCAAACAGGACCAUUCACAGCCACCUGUUGGACCCAAUCUAGCUAGCCAAGAUAACCAAAACUUCAACAAUAAUCCACAGAUGGUUCAUGAUCUAGAGCAACAAGAACAACUCGUUAUGGCUAACAACAAUUUAGGAGAACAUCACAUGCUAGUGAUGGAAAGGAUCAUCUAG